AUGAGCGAAUCCAACACGCCAAAAUCCGUCUCAGUCCUCUUCGUCUGUCUCGGAAACAUCUGCCGCUCAACCAUGGCAGAAGGCGUCUUCCAGUCCCUAACCCGACCGGACGGCAAACCACCACACCCCUUGGUAGCGACCAUCGAUUCGUGCGGCACGGGCGCAUACCAUGUCGGCGACGGCCCGGACUCGCGCACCAUGUCCACGCUUUCAAAGAACGGCAUAACGACGUACCGCCACGCCGCGCGCAAAUUCGCCCCGUCCUCGGACUUCAAAACAUUCGACUACAUACUCGCCAUGGAUGACGAUAAUCUAGACGACCUGCUGCGGUUGCGGCAGAGGGAGGUGAAGAAGCUGGGGGGUGAGGACGGUGUUGGGCAGGUCAUGCUGUUUGGCGAGUUUGGGGGGAGCAAGAGGGGAGGGCCGGGGGAGGAAGUGCAGGAUCCGUAUUAUGGGGGCAAAGAGGGGUUUACGGCUGCGUUUGAGCAGAGUGUGAGGUUUUCAAAGGCGUUUCUGGAGAAAUUGGAGCAGGGGGAGUUGAGCUGAUGACAUGGUUUGGAUGGAGGAUAGGAUCGAUGUGAUACCCAUUGACUUUGCAUACACUCUAGAUAGUUGUAGUAUAAUUUUUCAUAUAGCCUCCAACUCUCUAGACGAAGGGACUCGUAUUCUUUGAGCAUUGGUCAACUUGGGUGAGGUCCUAGUACUCAAAGAUACAUCGACAAGUGCAAUACCAAGCCAUACUCAAUGGGGAAUAUUUUGACGACUUCUUCCCUCCUAGGCUCCCAUUUAGACUCGAUUGCUCGUAUCCUACUCAGGCCCGAGGCUGUAUCCCGUCUCCAGCCGCAAGUCUCGUUGCUUAGUUUGUCUUCGCUUAAAACGCCCGGAAGUGUACAGGCGUGCAUCAUAUCAUCCGUUCCAUGGAUUGUCAGCCGCACUAAGGCUGAGUGUGCGCUUCGAAAGUGGUGAGUAUUCACCUGCCUGGUGAAGAGCAACAAGCG